CGUUGAUGAGCGCUAGCCCGGGCUAAAUGCUGCACACAAACAUCUGACGAAGCCAACGGGGAACGGUAAGCUACACCACGGUGAUCACAACGAUCGACCCUAGCUUCGGCUUGUCUCCUUCCAUCAUCAUCCCCACCCGAACGUAGACCGUUCCUUCCUCUCCUUGUCUCGUCCACGCCCGACGUUGAUCGUCUUUCUGUCUCUUGAGCGUUGAUCGUCUUCCUGUCUCGCAAGCGUUGAUCGCCUUCCCGAACGCGUCGAACGCCCUUGUCCCGCCCGCUCUUGCUCUCGUGUCAGCUGUGCUUUCGAAAGUCUCCAGCUCCCGCCCUCAUCCUUCCGUCUGUGACGUCUAAACCUAGCCAUCCGUCUGCGACGAUGAUCAACUCGCGCACGAAGAACACGACCACGACGAUGACGGUUGCGGAUACGACGCAUACUCGCGAUGCGGCGCAUAUACGCGAUGUACGCGCCCUCGCGCCGCCGGACGAUAGCGCGCGGCUGGACUACGAUAUCGCACCGCCGGACGACGACGCACCGCUGGACGACAACGACGAUACGGGCUUGCUGUGCAACACCGCCUCGCCGGACCCUUUAUCUCGGCCGGGCCCCUUCUCACCCUCCCGCUCCUCCCUUUAUUCGCCCUUCAGCUACUCUACCUCCGCCUUCUUUGACUUUGAGGGCGACUCUUUGCUCGGCUUUGAGAGCGACUCUCUAAUAGGCUUCGAGGGCGACUCUCGGCUCGGCUCCGAGGGUGAUUCCUUCUCUCUGCGCUCGCCUAUAUGCCGGGACGGCCGCUUCGGCUGCGCUGGGUCGGCGGAGCCUUCUGGUUCGCCUGAUCGUCUUGCCUGCGCUGGGUCGGCGGAGCCCCCUGCCUGCGCUGGAUAGCCUGGUUCGCUCGUCUGCGCUGGACCCCACGGCGGAGCUGCGCUCGCUUUCGGCGGAGAUGGACCAGGGCUCUACCAGCUCUUCGGCUUCGGCCUGCGCGCGCCUGCCCUGAUCACCCCCUUCCUCGCGGGCGAGCCGGAUAGGGAGGAGGCGGGCGAGCCGGAUACGGAGGAGGCUGGAGGAUGUUGGCAGGGCCACGAUACGGGCAAGGCAGGAGAGGAAGAUGCGCAACUCGUGGGCGGCGC